AUGCUCAAUGGUGUUUUAUGGGAUAAAAAUAUAUCCAAAGAAAAUAAAAAAAGGAUUUACAACACAAUUGUUAAGAGCAUUGUAACAUACAGUUCGGAAGUAUGGCCAAUAAAGGCUAAAACUGAAAAAAUGCUCAUGGCUACCGAGAUGGACUUCUGGAGAAGAUCGGCGGGCAGAUCAAGAACAGAAAGAAUUCGUAAUGAAAGAAUAAGAGAGAUAAUGGGUGUCAAAAGUAACAUCGUGAAUGACAUCCGAACUAAACAGCUCAUAUGGUUCGGCCAUGUACAGAGGAUGCCGGACAAUAGAAUUCCGAAGAAAAUCUUUAAAUGGACCCCACAAGGACGUAGAAGAAGAGGAAGACCUAGAAAAAGUUGGAGGGAAGGCGUCGACAAAGAGAUGAGAGACACCGACCUAGGCGAAGAACUAUGGAGAGACCGGGCCGAAUGGCGAUUAGAAAUCGGAAGACGUCGGAGAACGUUUUGA